UCAUGAAUGAUGUGAGACUCAUAUCAAAUAAAAGGUUUACAUAUUAAGACCAGUUUGUCAUGCCUUGUAUUCAAUGAGCCAAACACUUGACUCAAUAUGGACCCAAGAUUUAGAAGAAGCGUGCCAUACUAGAAAUCUUUUCAUGCUCCAUAGCCUCCUCAGAGAAGACAAGCUCCUCCUUCACAAGUUUAGCAGCAGCAUCACUGCAUCCAUUGACAACCCUCUACAUGUUGCAGCUUUACUUGGCCACACUGACUUAACAAAUGAGAUCAUCAUUAAAAACCCUGAUCUUGCUUCAGAUCUCAACCCAAGAGCUCUCUCAGCACUACAUUUGGCUUCAGCUCACGGUCACCUAGAAAUAGUUAAACUCUUGAUCUCAAAGGUUGGAUGUCAUCUUUGUUUUUUAAAAGACAAGGAUGGAAGGUUGGCCAUCCACAUGGCAGCCUUGAAAGGCAGGAUUGAUAUUUUGGAAGAACUCAUCAAGGUAUGCCCAGAGUCAGCAAGAGCACUUACAAAUCAAAAUGAAAGCAUCCUCCACCUUGCCGUUCAAUUCAACUCCUUUGAAAUUGUUGAGUUCUUAGUGAAGAAGCUUGGAGUCGAUGAUGAUAUUAAUAAACUUUUAAACCUCAAAGAUGACAAGGGCAACACCAUCUUACACCAUGCGGUAGCUAGAAGACAACUCCAGAUUGUGAAGCUUUUGUUAAGCAACGAAGAGGCGGUAGAAGUGAACGCCAUGAAUUAUAAGGGUUUGACUGCACUUGACGUGCUGCUAGACUCACCGCGAGAGUAUGGGGACUUGACACUCGGUGAAGUGAUACGUAUGGCUGGAGGCAAAAUAGCAAGCGAGGUGGAUCCACAGCAAGCAGCCUUGGAAACCAACACAUCAAGAAAUCAGCCAUGUGUGACUAGUACUCGUUCUCCUUCAAGAAGCAGGGUACCCAGUAUAUAUAGAGGACGAAGACGCACAAGUCAACAAAAGCUUAAGAAGCAAGCCAAGGUUGAAGAUAGCUACACUGCUGGGCAACUAAUGGUUGUGGCCGCCCUGAUCGCCAUCAUUACCUUUCAGGCGGGAUUGAGCCCACCUGCUGAAUUCACCCAAACAGAUAUUGGCAAUACCACUAGAACCAACAUUAUAACCAACAACAGUAACUCAUCAGCUGCUGCUGGGUCUGCAGUUCUUUAUUCAAAACUAAUUGGUUUUUAUGGCUUCUUGUCAUUUGACAUGAUUGGUCUCUUUGCAUCUCUUAGCAUCAUUCUUAUUCUUAUCUGUGGGAUGGCAAGGAAAAAGAAGAUGAUGAUGAAGGCACUGAUUGUGUUCAUGUGGGUUGCUGUAUUUUCAACACUCUUGGCUUUCUCUGCAGCUUUAUCCACUUUUUAUCCAAUUAAAUCUAAAUGGAUAAUACCAGCUAUGUUGCUGAAAAGUGUGUUAUGGAUUUUGAAGAUAUUCAUGUUGUGGGCGUUUAUGAAUCUUGCUGUGUAUUUGUUACGGAAGGUGGGUUGGUGGAUGAAAAAUGAAGGAGAUAGAAUGAGUAACAUUGUGACAAAAGGAGGAUGCCUUCUUUGGUGUAUGAGGAUUGGAGUAAUGGUCCUUAUAUUUUUACUUGUGUUAAUUUUUACUUUCUCCCUAGUCGUCGUAUAAUCCUCUUUGGAUUAAAGCAAGAAAUGAUAUUUCUAUAAUUAGGUUGUGUUUGUCUGCAUGGGAAUUUGAGGAGAACGUAUUCAAUUAUUAUGAGGAGAAUGAAGAGGAGCUACAUAUGCAAGUAAGCUAGCUAG